GGGCUUGUGUCUGGGGCUCAGCCCGGGGUCAGAGGGGGGUCCCAGGCCCGGCUUCCCUGCAGCCCCUGGGACCGGGUCUUGGAGGGCGCCGGGCAGCCUCAAAGCAGUGGGGCGAAAGCGAGCCUCAGCUGCUUUCCAUCGCUGGCAAUUCCCUGCCUGGAGAACUUGGUGUAAAAUUUGAAUGAUUUAACUCACAAACUUGAGCAUAGGCACGUUUAAAACAUGGUGUCGUGUACAUGAUAGGAAAAUGCCUAAUGCGAACUCAUUCCCUUGUCAAAAAUACCAUGAGUCAUUUUCAGUAGGGGAAAAGUUCUCAGAUUAAAAACCCGGUGUCCGUUUUACAUCCGAAUCGAUGCAGAUAGGUUCUUUCCUGGGACUUCUUUGAGGGAAACUUCAAGUGGGUUCCUUGAAUGGGAAGACUCAGUUUUCUCAAAAUGUGAGCUCUAUGUUUAUCAGUUUUCCAUAGACCAAAUGAAAACAUCAAGGUUUCAUUUUGCAUGACAGCUGUUGUCUAUCUUACUAUUGUGAUGACAUUUAAAAAUGUUUAUAAUGGAGUGAAAAAAGACUUGCUCCUCUAGAUGUCAAAAUGUGCGAUGAAUUCCCACAAUUAUUUACCAACAGCUGAAAAGACAGAUAAAUACAUGGAACAGAAUAGGAAAUCCAGAAACACGGAAAUAUCUGUAAGCUAUAGAUGCAGGGAUUGAUAAUGGUAACAUUUCAGAUGAGUAGGAAAGGAUGUGUUAUUAAUAAAAUGCCUGCUGUGUGAAGAAAACUAAUGACAUUUUAUGUCCCAAAAAUGAGUUCCUGAUGGAACGCAGAUUGAAAUGUUUGCAUAUGCAAGAUGAGAAAAGGACCAGCAGAAAACAGAAAUGCCUAUUUGUACAGGACUGCCCUCCAUUUGGCCUGUGCCUAUGGCCAUGCGGAAGUUGUCAGUCUGUUACUGAGCAGAAACUGCCAGACGGACGUCGGCGACAGACUAAACAGGACACCGUUAAUGAAGGCUGUACACAGCCAGAAUGAGAACUGCUCCAUUUCUCUGCUGAAACAUGGCGCCAAUCCAAACAUUCAAGAUGUCUACGGCAACACCGCUCUUCAUUAUGCUAUAUAUAAUGAGGGGACUUCACUGGCAGAAAAACUGCUUUUCCACAGUGCAAAUAUUGAAGCAGUAAACAAGGAGGGAAACACACCCCUUCUGCUUGCCGUAAUUUGCAAGAGACGGCGAAUGGUGGAAUUUUUGGUAAAAAAUGGGGCAAAUGUACAUGCAGUUGAUAAUUUCAGAAGAACAGCCCUCGUGCUUGCCAUACAUCAUGACUUUCCAAGUAUAGUCGGCUUUCUUCUUGAACAAAAUGUUAACAUCUUUUCUCAAGAUUCGUUUCAACUAACUGCAGAAGAUUAUGCCGUUUGUUGUGAUGUCACAAGCAUUCAACAACAACUUUUGGUACAUAAAAAUAAGAUACUUAAAAAACAUCUUCGAAAUGACAAUCGAGAAACAGCAGCUAUGAAGCCUGCAAAUUUGAACAAAGAAGAAGAAGAAGGAGAGGGAGAAGGAGAAGAAGGAGAAGGAGAAGAGGAGAAGGAGGAGGAACAAGAAGAAGAAGAAGAGGAGGAGGAGGAGGAGGAGGAAGAAGAAGAACAACAAGAAGGAGGAGGAGGAGGAGGAACAGGAGGAGCAGCAAAGGCAGAACUUGACUUAAAAGUGGCUUCAGAGGAAAGGCAAGAACGUCUUGAAGGAAGUGGAAACCAACAGCCGCAGGAUUGUCAAAGUUAUGGAAAAAAGAAGGAUGUGAAGUCUGAAAACGGCGUGUUGAAGAAAAAUAGUGCCAAACUGAGACGAAAAGUAUGCGCAAUAAAAAAUGCCAAUCUCAAAAGGGAAAAGGAAUAUAUUCGGAAAAUCAGAAGAAUUAGAGAAACAAAUACUAACUUUCAAAAGAGUAUAGGACUCAAGGAGGAAAUGAUAGCAAAAACAAUGUCGCAGUAUUGUCAACAGCUUGAUGAUCUCAAAGCUGAGAAUACAAGGCUGAAUUCAAAAUUGAAGAAGGAAAAACACAGCAAGAAAAGACUGGAAGCUGAAAUGGAAUUCCUCUAUUCUAGACUGGCUGCUGCUGUAAAUGUGCACAAAGAAAGUGUGCAGAGGAAGGACCUAGAGCUCACUUUACAAAGAGCAAAAGAUGUUCAUGUGCAAGAAGUAAUACGUUCUAAUAUUUCUCAACUAGACAUCGGCUUUAGAAAGUGUAGAGAUGGACCGAAGGCAAGCACAGCGUCGAAUAAAGGAAAUGAAACAGAUACGUCUAAAUGAGGAAGCUAAAAAGAAGCAAUUCAUGGUAAAGCAGAACUGUGAGGAGAGAAUAUGUCAACUAGAACGCAAAAAUCUCUUGCUUAUACAACAUCUAGAGGUUGCUCGUAAGGAAGGCAAUAAUAAAGAGAUAGUAAUUAAUGUCGAAAGAGACUGUCUUGAGAGUGGACAGGAAGCUUUUCUAGAAGAGAAAAAUAAGGAAUUAAUGAAUGAACGUAAUUAUUUAAAAGAAAAACUUUCAGUAUGAAAAAGAAGAAGCAGAAAAACCUGAAAGACUAAAUGAAGAAUUAAAAGUUUUUGAGUUAAUAUCAUCACUGGAGUAUAAUGUGAAUCAAACAACAAAGAAAAAUAAUGAAUUAGAAGAAGAGAGAACUGGAUAUAAGAAACUCCUAGAGAUGACAAUAAAUAUGUUAAAUGUAUUUGGAAACGAAGAGUUAAGUUUCCAUGGAGACUCAAAAACAGAUCAAUUGAAAAUGGAUAUUCUGCUUAAUAAGCUAAAACAUAAGGUGGAUGAUCUUAUAGCAGAGAAGGAAGCUCUAUCUUCAAAACAUGCCAGUUUGGCUGAAGACAAUCAGGUUAUUCAGCAGGAGUUAUUAUCUAUGAAAAAAGUGCAACAGGAAUGUGAAAAACUUGAGGAGGAUAAAAAGAUGUUAGAAGAAGAAAUACCAAAUCUUAACACACAUAUGGAAAACAGUAUGAUAGAACUUGAUACAGUACAAGAAUAUAAAUCAGAGCUAGAAGAAAUGGCAAAGCAGGCAUUAGAAAAAUUAGAAGAAACCCAUUUACAG